CUGAUACAUGAUAAAUUUUUAACAGCUCCCCCCUUCCGAUGUUUUCCAUCUUCUUGGUUCUCCUCCUAGUACCAGGCUAUGUGCCUUAAAGUAGUGGCAGCUUGCUGUUUUCUCUCCCUGUGGUGAGAAAUAAUUGGCUUCAUAAGGCCUUUCAUACACUAAGUGUUUUGCAAAUGUUAGUGAAAAGUAAGUCCUAUUCCAAGUACUGGGCUAUGUAGAAACAGGACAAGAAUUAAGGGAAAAGCCGUAGCCUAAAAUUGUUCGUUGACGGAGAUCAUUGAAGUCACUGGAACAGGAGAUUUUGGCCGACGGGCUUCUCCUGCUUUGUACUGAACAAGCGAAGUAAGCAGGAUGAGGGAGCUUUAAGGGUUCUUUCUUAAGGGUGGCAUUAGCCUCAGCAGUGAGUCUGUUCUUAAUUAAGCAACCACUGCUUAUUUCCCUAGUUUUACAAAGGGAUGCUAUUUCCAAAUCCGCUUAGAUUUCAUACUUGAAGUUGGUUAGUUGAUGGAGGACCUAAAAGUGCUUUGCUACCCAUUAAAGAAAAAUCUCUUAAUAAUGUCAAAGUAGAAAGACAUCUGAAGUGUUACAAAUGAACUUUUUUCCUUUUGUUUAAAGAGUGGAAAUAUUGAUUUGUUUCCUAACAUGAUAUUGUUGCAGCUGAAUUAUCAUGUUGAUAUAGGCCAAAGUUAUCAACAUUGUAUAAACAUAGGGCAAUACUAUAAAUUCAUUUUAUAAAUAAAUGUAUUCCUAUAUGAAAGGACUUUUGAUAGUACCAAAUUUAUGGAUGUUUUUGAAAGUGUAUUAGAACAACUUUUAGAGGUAAUUCACACAACCAUUUAAGACUUCUCUGAGCUCUCCUUAUCCAGACUCUUAAUUAUAGUAAAUGAGAUAGAGUUAAAAAAUCCAUGUUACUGCUUUAAAUUUGUUUAUUGAUUGUACAUUUUUUAUUCAAAUAGAAUAUGGAAGGCUCCAUGUUGACAAUCAGCUUUGGAAACUGGAUGGAGCUACCUGGACUUAAAUUCAAAGAUUGGGUAUCCAGCAAACGAAGGAACCUGAAAGGGGAUAGAGUUAUGCCAGAGGAAAUAGCUCGCUACUAUAAACAUUACAUAAAAGUCAUGGGUCUUCAGAAGAAUUUCAGAGAGAAUACUUAUAUUACCUCUGUUUCAAGACUCUAUAGAGAUGAAGAUGAUACUGAUGGUCAAGACAGAGACAUUUCAACACAGCAUUUACAGAUGGAGAAGUCAAAAUUUAUCAGGAGAAACUGGGAAGUCAGGGGUUAUCAGCAAAUAGCAGAUGGUUCCCAUGUUCCGUUCUCUCUCUUUGCUGAGAAUGUAGCUCUUGCAACUGGAACACUGGAUUCUCCUGCCCACCUAGAAAUUGAAGGGGAAAAUUUUCCUUUCGUGUUUCAUUCAGUGCCUGAAUUUGGAGCUGCUAUAAGCAAAGGGAAGUUGCGCGGCCAAGUGGACCCAGUAUUAAUUGUAGGUUCUGGGCUUAGUGCAGCUGAUGCAGUACUUUGUGCUUACAACAACAACAUCCGUGUGAUUCAUGUAUUUCGCCGAAGAGUAACUGAUCCAAGCUUAAUUUUCAAACAGCUUCCCAAAAAGCUUUAUCCAGAAUACCAUAAAGUCUAUCAUAUGAUGUGUACUCAGGCAUACUCUGUAGACUCGAAUCUUUUAUCUGACUAUACCAGUUUUCCUGAGCACCAUGUGCUUUCCUUUAAGUCAGACAUGAAAUGCAUUCUUCAAAGUGUCUCUGGAUUGAAGAAGAUAUUGAAGCUCUCUGCAGCAGUAGUACUGAUUGGUUCUCAUCCCAAUCUGUCUUUUCUGAAGGAGCAAGGGUGUUACCUGGGCCAUAACUCAAGCCAACCAAUCACAUGUAAAGGUAAUCCUGUGGAAAUAGAUGCAUACACCUAUGAGUGUGUUAAAGAAGCCAACCUUUUUGCAUUGGGUCCUUUGGUUGGAGACAAUUUUGUUCGAUUUUUAAAGGGAGGGGCACUGGGCGUUACACGCUGUUUGGCUACAAGACAGAAGAAAAAGCGUUUAUUUGUUGAGAGAGGAGGAGGAGAUGGGAUAGCUUAAAGUUUACAAAAGUUUACAAGUAAUUCAUAUGGACAGUUUACCAUUAAAGAUUUUUUAAUAGUGGUUUUGCAGUGUCCUGGCUUGAAUUUUCUGGACUUGAAUUAACUGGAAGAAAGCCUGAAGCUACAGUAACAAUUUUAAAAAUUACAAGAACUUGGUGUCCUAAUUUUUAUUGUAUCAAAGGUGUAGAAACAGUGCCAACUUGGUAUACUACUUUAAGCUCUCACUUAACUAAAAUGUUCCUUUCUUCCAAGACUUUUUGUGAUCAUUUUUGAUAUUAUGUUUGAUUCCAAAAUAUUAUAGCCUUGAAUAAUCUGUAAAAUCAUGCAGUCAUUAGGCCAUAAAUUGUCCUCACUGUAUCUUGGGUCACCUUGCUGUUCAAAGAGAGGUCCAAAGACCAACAUCAGCUUCUUUUGUAGCUUGUUAGAAAUGGAGACUGUCAGGCCCCACAGCAGACUUACUGAAUUGUAAACUGCAUCUCAAUGAGAUCCUCAAGGCAUAUGUAUGCUCAUUAAAGUUUGAGGCACACUGGUCUAAAAGAAAAUGGGAUGUCAUACAUAUGUAGACAGGGAGAGGAGGUGUUUAUAACUCAGGAUUAAUUUAUUUUGAAAUGAUCAAUUGUAUAAAUCUAAUUUAUUACCAACUAUGAUGGUCUUUAAAAAAAGAUAUUUUUAUUGUUGAAACCUUGACAGGUACUUCAUAUUCUUAGCUUAUAACUUAAAUGGUACAGUAACAUUAGCAUUCACUUAGACAUUUGGACACCUACCAAGAUUUUUGGGGGUAUUUAUUCUUAACUAGCAUAACACAUAAUCUAUUUGCAUCUCAAUAAAUUGUGAAUGGAACUACUUUACCCCUGUGUGACUACUGAGUUAAUUUCUGUCACUGAAACUAAAAUACUUGGGCAUAAGCAAUAAUACUAUAAAAUUUGGGGGUAUGGCCAUAAUGAAAGUUUAACCUAGAAAUUAAGUUUAAAAAUCUGUCUUUCCCAUUCCCAAGAUUUGAAUUGUGUUCAUUGGAAAUGACAGCAGUUUAUCCUGUUUAUUAUAUGCUUUAACUUGAUUUAUAUUAAUUUAGGUGUCCCUAAUGUCUAUAUUUUCACACAAGACUGAAAUUUUUGGUGUUAGACAAAAUCUUAAGUUCUUCCUGGUAAACUGAAUUCUCAUUCUCUUUUUUGGGGGGGAAAGAAUUAAUUUCAUCUGGAAUGUGUUUAUUUAGACUUUUUUCUUAAUAUUAAAAAGACUAAAAUGUG